AUGUCAGACCCCAUUCGGAAGGACGACAAGAUGACUGGCGAUUUGUCCGAAGGAGAUCGUUAUUUCAUGGAGCAACGCGAUUUGAUUUUGCAGGACAUUGGCCAGACCAUGGAUUCGAUACUAAACAAUUUGAAUGGAUUGAACAUUUCACUGGAGAAUUUCAUUGCUGUGGGAAAGGAAUUUGAAAGUGUUUCUGAUCUAUGGAACAAGUUUUAUGCGGGAAUUUCAGAAGUGGACGACUCGGCAGACGGGGAGGAGGAUGUCUCAAAGCCGCAAUCCGAGGAUAAGGAGGAAACUUAG